UUUCAGCUUUGUAAGCUGCAACGUGUAUGAUAUUGGAGCAGAGGCAGGCAGAGCGGUAGCCAGCUAAAGGAGGAGAAACAACGGUCCCAGAAAGCCCCGCGUUGCCAUAGAAACAUCGUCGUUGGGUUCCUGCGUCAUCGCGUGCGGUAGGUGGAAAAAGCGAGGCCGGCUAAGAAAGUGAGGCGGGCCGGAGGACGUCACCCCCGCUUCGGGCACCUCAGGUCAUUGUGUCAGUGUUGUCCUGGAAGGAGAAGAUUGGCAGAGUUGAAGAGCAUUUACUAAGGAGUCUGCGUACAAAGCUGACUUCAUUUUUGUGAGAUUAUACAUGUACCUUGGAAGUUAACAAAGCUAACUUAAGAAGAAUGGAAGCAAGCCAACUGGAAGCCUCAGAUCUUUCUUCAAAACCUUGGCAACCUGAGGUGAUGGUGUCAGUGACAGGCGAACCACCUAGUGUUGUAGUAGAAGAAACAGCUCAAGAAGCAGACAUAGAAGUCAUCCCAGAAAUCAUAGAGGCACUCUCCAUUCUAGAUGUACUGAGGAUCUCUGCUGUUCUGGAAGAUACCACAGACCAGCUCUCUAUUCUGAACUAUAUCAUGCCAGUUCAGUAUGAAAGAAGACAAAGUAGCAGCAUGCUGGCGAUUGGUGGAGAAAGCGGCAGCUGUCCCAGUGGAGGCAACGAUGGGGCGGUCCCCGGCAGUCGGGACCAGCUGGAACGUGUCACCCCCUGGCGCUGUGGUGAUCGCUCACCUUCCCCACGUGUUGACCUGCACUGCUGUGGCCAGCGGGGAGCCAUGGCCGUGCUCGUCAUGCUUCUGUCCUUGGUGGCGGGUGUUUUGGGGAACGAGUUUAGUGUAUUAAGAUCACCAGAGUAUGUUGUUUUCCGCAGUGGAAAUUGGUCUAUACCAGGAGAGCGAAUCCCAGACGUGGCUGCAUUAGCCAUGGGCUUCUCUGUGGAAGAAGAACUUUCUUGGCCUGGACUUGCUGUGGGUAACCUAUUCCAUCGUCCUCAGGCGACUGUUAUGGUGAUAGUGAAGGGAGUGGACAAACUCGCUCUACCCCCAGGCAGUGUCAUUUCCUACCCUUUGGAGAAUGCAGUUCCUUUUAGUCUUGACAGUGUUGCAAAUUCCAUUCAUUCCUUAUUUUCUCAAGAAAGUCCUGUAGUUUUGCAGUUGGCUCCCAGUGAGGAAAGAGUGUAUAUGGUGGGGAAGGCCAACUCAAUUUUUGAAGAUCUUUCAGUAACGUUAGGACAGCUCCGCAAUCGCCUGUUUCAAGAAAACUCUGUUCUUAAUUCACUUCCCCUCAAUUCUCUGAGUAGUAACAGUGAAGUUGAUCUGCUCUUUCUUUCUGAACUGCAAGUUCUGUGUGAUAUUUCAAGUUUGCUGUCUCGACAUAAGCAUCUAGCCAAGGAUCAUUCUCCUGAUUUAUAUUCACUGGAGCUGGCAGGUUUGGAUGAAAUUGGGAAACAUUACGGAGAAGAUUCUGAGCAAUUCAGAGAUGCUUCCAAGGUCCUUGUUGAUGCUCUGCAAAAGUUUGCAGAUGGCAUGUAUAGUCUUUAUGAUGGGAAUGCAGUGGUAGAGCUAGUGACUGUCAGAUCAUACGACACAUCACUUGUGAGGAAGACAAGGACUAUCCUUGAGACAAAACAAGAGAAGAACCCAUCAAGUCCCUAUAACCUUGCAUACAAGUAUAAUUUUGAGUAUGCGGUGGUUUUCAACAUGGUACUUUGGGUAACGAUCUCCUUGGCCUUGGCUGUGAUUAUCACCUCUUACAAUAUUUGGAACAUGGAUCCUGGAUAUGAUAGCAUCAUUUAUAGGAUGACAAACCAGAAGAUUCGAGUGGAUUGAACUUCCUUUAUGCCAGAGAUACAAAAGGGGUUUGGAAAUUGGCUGUUUUGUGAAAAUAGUGUAAUUUAGAGUAGAUAGUAUACUUUAAAUUUGUUUUAAAAAGCAAAUUUUGUUCUCUAUUUUGUGUGUGCCUGUGAAGUUGUUUUAUAGUAAAGUAUAUUGACAUGAA